UUCUUUAAAAGUCUCUUUUUACGUUAGAAUCUUGUUUCUGAUCAACGGGGGUCGUCUUGUUGGGCUUUUAUUCUGAAAUUUAAAAGGUCAACCAUCGGGCACGGUGGUGGAGGAGUCAUGAUUGGGGCUGGUUUUACUAAAAGGUUGUUUUUACUUGAUUUUAGGACAUUUCUACGCUGCUUUUGAGUAACUUUACCUCAAAACAAAGCGAUGCUGCUUCAUCUGGGCUUCUGAUGACCCGUUUGGGUGAAGGUCUCCGGGUCACGUGACUUCCACGAACUCCUCUCUGCGCUUCUGUUAAAGAGGCAUUGAAAUUGGCCGGUGAGGCGAAAGCUGAUGUGAAACUGCAGCCUGUUUUUGUUUUUUUUUUUUCUCAGCCGGUGGUUUGAGUCUCGCCGGCCGGCGCUCGGUGCCCAGUCCGUCCGCGGCGCCGCAGCGCCAGCAUCAUGUCGGACGGAGACUCGUCACGCCCAGACCGGCAGCUGCGUGGGAGAUGGGAGAGCUCCACGGACGAAGGCCGGACGCUGAAGAGGGAGAAGAACCGAGCCGCCGCCCAGAAGAGCCGCAGGAGACAGACCCAACGGGCCGACCUGCUGCACCAGGCCUGCGAGCUGCUGGAGCAGAAGAACAGGAAGCUGAGGAGAGAGGUGGAUUCUCUGUCCGAGGAGCAGCAUCUCCUGGCCGAAGCCCUGCGAGCCCACGAGCCGUUCUGUCCCAUCAUGCACUGCUCCCUCCAGCCCGACGGCAUGGCGUCACGCUCCGCCUGAGAGGAACCAUGGAUCUAUUAUAAAACGAGAGGAACA